UUUUCGAAAAAAUUGAUUACAAAGAGGUGCAAGCCUGCAAGGUGCACGAAUUUCUUCUCUACCAACGUGAAAAGUCGUAAAUUUGUCUUGAUGCUAUUCAUUGUAAAUCAUUGAAAUUUUAAUACAAUUCUUAUUUCCAUGAAUAAAUAAAUACUUCUUGCUCGAUUUGGUUUUAAUAAAUGAUUACAGUCUGUUUGGUUAUGAAAUAAAAAUGUCUGGGUGGCUGACGGCUCUUGGAUCACUUCGAAAUUGGCGGAUGAAGAGCGGGAACAGAAUCGGUUGUACAUUGUGGAACAACUACAUUACUGAUUUUAAUGACUAUGUGAACCAAGCUCAAAAUGAGGCCAUCUUCAUGAUUGUUCAACUCUGCAGGCCAAAGCGCUACAAGGAGGACAAUGGAACUCUCACGUUUCUUGGAACCCAGUCAAUCAACAAUGGCCAUGACGACAUUUUGGGUGGAAAUGUAACUCUCACCACAGUUAGUGAAUUACUAGAAAAAACUGAGGAAGGAAUAUACUGGGUGCUGGCAGAGAUUGUCUCAAUAGACAGUUUUAGGGAGUGGUUCUACUUAGGGUGCACGUCAUGCAACAAAAAGGUGGUCCCUGAGGAAAACAGAUUUAGAUGUGCAUCAUGCAACAUCACUCUGGCAGAAGGUGUUCUAAGAUACAAAGUGAGCAUCUGUGUUAUGGAUGAUAUUGGUCAUGCCUCAUUCACUCUAUGGGACAUACAGUGCUCUGAAAUUCUGGGGAAGUCAGCAGCGAGAUUGAGGAGGGAAGUCAUGGAGAAAACGGGAGAUCCUAACCAUUUUCCUGAAGAGAUUGAGGCUGUUAUUGAGAAAAAAUGUUUGUUCAAAGUCCAAGUCAAGAACAAGCGAGAAAGAUGCUCUUAUAAGGGAACGAGUUCAUUUGGGGUGAUGUCUAUGUUCAGAGACCUAACUAUUUUGGCAAUGUAUAAGUCAAAAGAAGGAGAAACUGUGGAAUUUGAUGAGCUAGAGGACAAGGAAAUGAGUGGUUCAGUGAACAACACAGAGCUGAUCGUACAUAGCAAAGAAGGUGAAGCCAACGGAAAGGCUAAGGUCAAUGAAGGUGCAGAAGAGGAUACUCCUCAGACUUCAGCAAAGAAAACAGUGAUUGCAUUGGACGACUCAAUGAAACGAAAAUUGGAGGACGAGUUUUCAGCAACUAAGAAUGGAAAAAGUAUGAGGGUUAAGGUUAAGAAGGAAAAGGAUUAGGACUUACUGCAGGGCUGUUUGGGAUGGAGAAGAUUCUUCAAGAUGUUUGUUGAAAGCUUAAUCAUAAGCAGAGCCAAGGAUUGUUAUUUUGUUUGACUAACAUCUAUGUCAAAAGCAAACUUUUCUUUUCAGCUUUUUUGGGAAUGUGUGUGAACUUAAUGAGCAUUUAAGUGUUGUAAUAACUCUAGACUUAUUCUAUUAGGAUUACUAUAUGAGAUCCUACCUUAUGUUGGGUGACCUACGGAAUUUGUGGAUGACCUAUAUAAAUGUGUAUUUUGGAUGUGCUUUUUCUUUUUCUUUUCAGGUGGAGGUGAUGGCUUGCCAAAUCUAAGGCUAAAGGAUACAAACAACAAGGAGGGAAAAUAGUAUCAAGG